CUUCAAUAAGCUAAGAGUUGUCGGUCAAGAUGCAAUGAUGUCCCGAGACAUUGGGGUGAGGACUAUCAUGAGGUGUCAAGGGUAUAAAUAUGUGUACAGCCAUGAUAAUCUCUGUUUAGUGGGAAUUUGCCUUGCGACCCACGAUUUAAACACCAUUGAAACCUCCCGAUAACUUAGUCAUGCGCUGCUUGCAAAUUAUUUCGGUGCUUGGGGCGCUGUUUCUCACCACUGUUCAAGCCGUGACUCUCCCAGCUGGAGUACCCCGCGAUAUUUCAGAGUUCAGAGACAAACAUCCCUACGCUCCACCCAAGCAUGAACACCGCAGAAUCGUCCGGAUUCGUGCAUCCCGAAAUGACGUAGAUGAUGUGUCAGAUGACUUCAAGAGGGGCGUACGCAAAGCAAACGGUGGAGGCACUUUGCAUCUAGCAAAAGGGAAGACGUAUGUCAUUGGUAAAGCCCUGGACUUGACUGGCCUGGAAGACAUUCACAUUCACCUGGAGGGUGAGAUACGAUUCACUGACGACGUUGAGUACUGGCAAGAGAAUGCCUGGUACCAUCCAUUUCAGAAGUCGAUCAUGUUCUGGAAGUGGGGAGGAAAGGACAUUAAAAUCUACGGCAAUGGUGUCAUUGAAGGCCAAGGGCAACGGUGGUGGAAUGAGUUCGAGUCUGGAACUGGUUCUAUUCUAAACCCUGACAACAAAUACUAUCGCCCCAUUCUGUUCUACGCCGAAAACACCACCAACUUGGAUGUUUCCGGAAUUCAUUUGAAGGACUCACCCUGCUGGAAUAACUUCAUCGUCAGCUCCAAGAACGUCAAGUACACAGACGUUGUCGCAACCGCACUGUCCAAUAACGGCAGUAUCAUUCCCAAGAAUACUGAUUUCAUGAACACCAUGAAUACCUCAGCUGUGCGAAUUGAGAGAACCUGGGUCAACAUUGACGACGACUGCUUCUCGCCGAAGCCGAAUAGCUCCGACCUUUACGUAAACACCAUGUAUUGCAAUGGCACUCACGGCCAGUCCAUGGGAUCCCUUGGUCAGUACAAAGGCGAGGUCUCUAAUGUCUACGAUGUGCACAUUGAGAAUGUUUGGAUGAUGAACGGAGAUUACUCGGCAGCUCGUAUCAAAGUUUGGGCUGGUGAGGAAACCGGCACAGGGUUCGUCAACAACGUAACCUUCAAGUAAGUCUCCCCAAGGAUGUCACGAACGACCUUGCUCAACGGAUAUCAGAAACUUCUGGGUCGCUAGAAUGGAUUACGGCAUCUUCCUCGACUCAUGCUACUUCAAUAUCUCAGCCGAAGAAUGCAAUGCUCACCCAUCAGGCAUGCAAAUCACCAACAUACACUUUGAGAACUUUACUGGGUACACAUCUGGUGUAUAUGGCAAUGCUGUAGCAAGGCUUUCAUGCUCAGCUGCCGAAGAUGCUAUUUGUGCAAACAUCACGGUCAAAGACUUCAAUGUCAAGACUCCUUGUGGAGGAGACCCUGCCAUUAUCUGUGAUGGGAUGCACGGGGAUAUUGGCGUUGAUUGCGUGCCGUAUGAUAGUGACGAGGCGAAAGCGGCGUUGAACGCAAAGUGCAAGACUCCCAUGGCGGCGAUUGACACGGAUCCUUGGGGCAGUGGACUCAUUGAGAAGAUGAAGGGCGCUUUCCAUCCACAGUAGAUAUCACAGUCAAGGAAAGUUUGCAAUGGGAGAUGAGAAUGCGCAACAGCUAGAUAGAUCUCAAUUGAUAGACACUAAAUCCAACUCAGACACUGUCAAACAGUAAACUCGUGAUAACCCGA